UACGAUGAACAAAGAAAAGGAGGCCACUAGUUUCAGUUUCUUGAACGAAACGAGAAUCGAACUUUUAAGAAAAUUGGUAAUUAAAAUCAUUAAUGGAUACGAGGCUAAAUGGAAAGAAGACAGAGACUCUAACUAUGUAAAAACAAGCGUAAAACAGUGUGGUAUCGGAAAGAAAUUAUGUAAACUUUUGCCGAAACAUGAAAGUUAUAUUUUAAAUUGUUUGGAAAUUCAUUGGCGCAGAAUUGAAGACAAAUUGGAAACAUUGAAUUGGGACUUUCAACCGGACGUUGAUUCAAAGUUAUUUGGCAUUUUGAGAGGAAUUGAAAAACAACUGACUCCAAUUUCUGAUUAUCCUGAAAGUACUGCAACUGAAAGUUGUUCGGAUAACUCUUGUCCCGAAGAAACAAUUCCAUUUGAAUUUGGUUUGCGCGAAGAGGAUUUUGAAUUGAAUCUCAAAUUAAAUGAAUGUGAAGCCAAUUCUGUUUCGAAUUCACUGUGCACAUUGAACAACAAUCCAGACGUCCUGAAUUCAUUGACAAAUUUUUAUAUAUUUGUCAAUUACGAUAUGAAUGACGAAAAGCUUAACAAUCAACUAAACAGCAUUUGUUCCGUCGAUUUCCUGUUUCACACCAAAAACGUUCCUCAAAUGAACAAUAAAUCAAAGCCUACCAGCCUGGAACUUCCUCCAUUUAAUGCCAGUAUCUCCAAUUUAAAAGUGAUCGAUAAAAGUUUCAAAGACUUGGACAACAUUGACUCAUUGAGCAUAACAUCGCCCACUGCUAUUCCAUUGCACAACAAUCAAAUAUGCUACAUCAACUUUUCGAAACUUUGGAAAGAAAGUCGAUGGUCAACUGUAAAACAACGGCUCAUCCAGAGAGGUGUCAUGGAGUCAAACGGAAUGUACGUUGUUUUUCCAAUCUACCGAAAGGAAUUCGUUAUUGGAAGAGGAAGCUUUGGCGAUGUAGAAUUUGGAUUGUCCAGAACGUAUCAUGGUAUCGCUUUGAAACGAUUAACCGAGAACGGUUUCUGCUCGAGUCGAUAUGACGAGCUGCAAUCGGUUCUCAGUCGCUUCAGUGAAUUGACCUGCGAAAAUCUGCACAAGAGUCGUUUGUUUCAAGACAUGGCGGGCUAUGUGUUCUUAUCGUCCCGUAUUUGUGAAUAUAAUCUUUGCGAUUAUAUUGAGCACAUGAAAAGCAACAUCACUGAAUGGAAUGCGCAACGAAAGCUAUCCACCUUUCUGCAAAUUGUUAAAGGAUUGACUGCGUUACAUCUGAAUGUUCCAAUCAUUGUACAUGGCAAUUUGAAACCCUCGAAUGUUCUAAUAGACGAAAAUGGUGUGGUUAAACUGGCUGAAUUUGGAAUAUUUGCGUUUUUAUACGAUAACGACAGACAAAUCAAUGAAGCCGAUAAGAUAUGGAGACCGAAUGAAGUUGAUUCAUUGCAAAAAAAUUGUAAUUCCAUGUCGGAUAUAUACAGUCUUGGCCUUCUCACAUUUUUUAUUUACUCCAACGGAAUGGUUCCGAAAGAUUCGAAAGAUAUCAAAAUUUUCGAUAAUGUCUUUAAUAUUGAAUUACUGCAAUUACUGCAACAAAUGAUUCAUCACGAUCCGGUGCAGAGACCUACCGUUAGCGAAAUACACAAACACAUUUUCUUUUGGCCGAAAGAACGGAAAUGGCAAUUUCUGUUGGCUUGCAUUGCAACCAUAAGUUAUGAAUCGUCAUUGGACUAUUCAGUGCGUCAAAAGUAUUCUCUGUCCCAUUACUUGGAAACCAUAUGGCAUCAUCAGAAUGUGAAAACUUAUUGGAUUUCGCAAAUGUUCAUGAACUUUCCCUGCACUGCCAUUUCGAAAGGAGCUCGAGCCGAUUCGCCGAUUGAUUUGCUGAGAUUUUUGGUCGCAUCGCGGGAGGACUAUCCGUAUUUGUUCUGUGAACAGACUAGUGUUGUUCUCGAAACGUAUCCCGAUUUGCCGUUUUUAAUUUACGCUGCAUUGAAGUUCAAGGAACAAAUGGCAUGGGAAACGUUCCCGCAUUUGCGCACAUUUCUUGUUUAACACGGUCGGGGGGUUGGAUGGAUUUUUUCCCUGUUUUCGUUGUUACGAAAUUUUAAUUUAUUUUCGAUGCACCUCCGCCAGUAAAACUCAAUAUUCGUCCUAAUUCAUAAAAAAAUUAUUAUUACAAAAUGCUCGUAAAUUACAAACGAACACAAAAUAUAUCACAUUUGAAUUGAAACAUGA